UGUUGUUUAUUAUUCUUCAUUUGCAUCCACAAUGGGCGGUCCUGAAUUACCCACAGAUCCCGGAGAGGAUCAUACUUUUCAAACGCCUCCAAUUGAGCAUCCACACAUUGGCGAACAGAGCGAUGACAGCGCGGAUUCGGAUGCGUAUGAUGGCUAUCAGCCGCUUGCAACCGACGCUGACGAAGCGGGCGCAAUGCCCAAUGAUACCGAAGUCAGGGAGUACGGUGCAGCUGCUGAGACACCUGAUGAGGACAUCGACUUGAUGACAGCGGAGGUGACACACGGUGAUCCGAAUAUGCCAGCCAUUGAAAGUGCCGAUGCAGAAAUCGAGCGGCAAGUCUGGAACGAGCCACGGCCGCAGGAGCUGCAAAUGGAGCUGGACAAGGCACGCACAGAGCAGAUACUCAAGGCCAUGGCCAAGAUAACGUUGCCCAACAUAACAGUGCCUGACUGGGCUAAAGGUGUGCCUGAGGAGCGCUGGAAGCACGAAUUGCUGGAGCGGAUUCAAACGCGCAGAGCAGCGCCUGGAACGGAAACCGGUGCUGGACAGCUGCCCAAGACGUCAGCUGAUUAAUACAUUCCCACACACACAUAUAUAUAUAUACAUGUU